AUGUUGACUACGAAAGCUUCCAAAAAUAUACCUGUAUCAAAAUCAACAUUAAGCUUUGUAACAAGAUUUAUAUGGAAUGAUAAUAACACGUUAAAAACAACAAAAAGAGAUCAACCACCAGAGAAUGAAGUAUUAGCUGAUGCUUUAAAUUUAUUGAUCAAACCAUCAUCAACAACAACUAGCAAAAAUAAGCAAUACUCUUAUAAUCAAAAGUAUAAACCGUCAUUAUAUAAAUCAUUAACUAAAGGAUCUAUUUCUGAACAAUUUAAUACUGACAAUAUAACAAAAUUUGAUUAUAAAUCUGAUAAGCAUCAACAUAUUAAUGACAUGUUUGUAAAUAAUUUAAUAUUUGGAUUAAAAUCAUCAAAAUUAGAUUCUUCGAAAAAUUUGAAUCAUUCUGCAUUACUUAAAUUGAACACUAAUGAUUUAUCAAAGUAUAUUAAAAAUGUUAAAGACGAACAUCAUUUAUUAGAAAUUACUCAGUUAUUUAUUAAUCAUUCCAAAGUAAAUAUCAGAUUCUUGACUGACAUCUUAUUGAACAAGAGCGUGUUGAAUUUGAAAGCUUUACCGAUAAAUUUAGAGUCAAUGACCCCAAUUCAUGGGUUAAAUUCAGAAGAUAUGAUAAAACUUCAAAUAAUAUUAUUGAAAAAGCAUCAUGAUUUAAAACAUCCAAUUAACGUAAUAAGAAACCUUAAAUCAAAUUUCAAUAAAAUUUACUUACCAUUAAUUGAACAACAAAAAUUAUCACCAUUUUAUGAAAGAAUAAUAUGGAGAUUUGUAUUUGAAUAUUUAAAACAAUUUAAUGAAGAAUAUUAUAUUGAAAAUCUAAAUAAUAUUAAAACGAGUUUUUUGAUCUGGGAAUCAUCAACCUAUAAUCAUAUAAAACAAGUAUCUUCACAAAUUUUACAACAUCACACCAACUUGAACAAAUUGCAAAUAUUAUUUUUGAAGAUAGCUCAAUCUAACAAUCUACCAGCACAAAUAUCAGAUUUAAAGAGAAUAUCCAUGAAAUAUAAACUUUACAAUAUCAGCUCAUCGAUUAAUGAUGAGAAUUCAAGGAAAUCAUCAUAUGCAUUAAUAAAUGAUUUGGAGAAAUACUUAGUCACUUAUAGCAAAGAUAAUGAUCAAUUUAAUUCAUUAUUGGAAGAAUUGGCUUUAUAUCGUAUAGAAUAUAUUAAAGAUGCUUUCACAAGUCAAUUUAAAGAGUUUGAUAGUUUAAACAAAAUUUUAGAGUUCAAUACAUGA